AGAGAGCGAGACAGGGGCGAGCGCGGCGCCGGGACUCCUGGGACCAUGGGCCUGGCGCGGGCGCCUGUGGGGCCCCGGCCGCGCUGCCUGUCCGCUCCGGCGCCCCUGGGCGCGGGGCUGCGCGGGGGGGGGUUUCUCUUCGCCUGGAUCUUGGUCUCCGUUGCCUGUCACCUGGCCUCUGCCCAAGGAGCUCCUGAAGAUGUGGACGUCCUCCAGCGGCUGGGCCUCAGCUGGACAAAGGGAGGGGGCAGCCGGAGCCCCGCACCCCCAGGCAUCAUUCCAUUUCAAUCGGGCUUCAUCUUCACGCAGCGGGCCCGGCUGCAGGCGCCUACGGCCACUGUCCUUCCUGCUGCCUUGGGCACAGAGCUGGCGCUGGUGCUGAGCCUCUGUUCACACCGCGUGAACCAUGCUUUCCUCUUUGCCGUCCGCAGCCGGAAGCAUAAACUGCAGCUGGGCCUGCAGUUCCUCCCGGGCAAGAUGGUCGUCCACCUGGGGCCCCGGCGCUCAGUGGCCUAUGACUUCGACAUGCACGAUGGACGCUGGCACCACCUGGCCCUUGAACUCCGCAGCCGCACAGUCACCCUGGUGACCGCCUGUGGGCGGCGCCGGGUGCUCAUCCCGCUGCCUUUCAACAGGGACCCUGCACUUGACCCUGAGGGCUCCUUCCUCUUAGGGAAGAUGAGCCCACAUGCCGUCCAGUUUGAAGGUGCCCUCUGCCAGUUCAGUGUCCAUCCUGUGGUGCAGGUCGCUCACGAUUAUUGCGUACACCUGAGGCAGCAGUGCAGACAGGGGGCUGACAUGUACCGGCCCCAGCUGGGGGCCCUCCUCCCCUGGGACUCUGGCAGACCCUUUACCUUCCAGCCCGACUUGGCCCUGCUCGGCCUGGAGAACCUGACCUUGUCCACACCAGCCCUGGGGGCGCGGCCAGCAAGCAGGGUACCCAUGGCGACUGUGGCUCCUACUAUGCCCACCAAGACCCUAAGGACUAACCCUGCAAACCCUCCCCAGCAUAGCACAGGGGGAGGUGCAGCCCAGUCCCCACUUCCACCUGCUAAGCUGUCUGCCAGAAAAGCACCUCCCUCCCUGUCCUCAGCCUCUCUGCCUGGCUCCACCCAAAUUCCUCGUCCUGUGAUUGUCCAGCCAUCGCAGAAGAUCGCAGCUACCAAAAUCCCCAAACGUCUCCCAACCAAACCUGCAGACCCUUCUUCAAUUGCCCCUGCCAGAAGCCCCCAUCCUACCCAGAAAACAGCUCCCCCUUCAUCCACAAAAUCAAACCCACCCACCCGGAAGCUAGUGCCACCUACCCCCCACUCAGCUCCUGCCAAAGCCUCUGGCCUCACAGGGAAGCCAAUGAAGAAGAACCCUGCAACACCCCGGCCUCCACCCCCCAGCACCUGGCCACUGCCUCCCACCACCAGCUCCCCUAAAAAGUCCACACCCACACUAGCACAAACGGAGGCCAAGCUGACCAACCAUGCCUGCAAGCCAGCCUCUGCCUGCACCAGCACCCCCAAACCUCUCCAGCUCACUAUUUUGACCCAAUCUCUUGCCCCCAGUCCUGGCUCUUCCAAAGUGACUUGGCCUCUAGCCAUCAUGAUGCCUUCAGCCUCAGGCACCGGAACUCCCAGAAUGGCACCUCCCACCAGCUCAGCCCCCACCAGAAGCAAGAAACCCACCAAAUUGGAAGCCUCCAAGAAAGCCAGACCCAAGAGCAGCCCCAAGAAGCCCAACCCCCUCCGACCUGGGAAGGCAGCCAGGGAUGCUUCAUUGAAUGAACUGACAGCCAGGCCCAGUUGGCAGCCCACCCCAGCUCUGGUCUUGGCCCCAGCUCGAGUCCUGUCCUCCAGCCCCCGGCCCACAAGCAGUGACUACACUUUCUUUCACCUGAUGGGACCCACGCCUUUCCCCCUUCUGAUGGGGUCUCCAGGGCCCAAGGGAGAUUGCGGCUUGCCAGGUCCCCCAGGGCUUCCUGGACUACCUGGACCUCCUGGUGCUCGAGGGCCUCGGGGUCCUCCUGGACCAUAUGGAAACCCAGGCCUGCCCGGGCCUCCUGGAGCCAAAGGACAGAAAGGGGACCCAGGGCUCUCACCAGGCCAGGCCCACGAUGGAGCAAAGGGCAACAUGGGCUUGCCUGGGCUCUCCGGAAAUCCAGGACCUCGAGGACGGAAGGGACACAAAGGCUACCCUGGACCUGCAGGGCACCCUGGAGAAGAGGGACAGCUGGGAGCUGAGGGCAGCCCAGGGGCCAAAGGUUACCCUGGCAGGCAGGGGCUACCUGGACCUGUAGGAGACCCUGGCCCCAAAGGCAGCCGGGGCUACAUUGGACUCCCAGGGCUCUUCGGCCUGCCAGGGUCAGAUGGAGAGUGGGGUGUGCCUGGCGUUCCUGGCAAGAGGGGCAAGAUGGGUAGGCCGGGGUUCCCUGGAGACUUUGGGGAAAGAGGCCCCCCAGGACUGGAUGGAAACCCCGGAGAACUUGGCCUACCAGGGCCCCCAGGAGUGCCCGGCCUCAUUGGUGACAUGGGAGCGUUGGGUCCGAUUGGUUACCCAGGACCCAAGGGCAUGAAGGGGCUGAUGGGCGGCGUGGGGGAGCCCGGACUGAAAGGUGAUAAGGGUGAACAAGGGGUCCCAGGUGUGUCGGGAGAUCCUGGCUUCCAAGGAGACAAGGGGAGCCAGGGACUACCGGGGUUCCCAGGUGCACGGGGGAAGCCAGGGCCUCUGGGCAGAGUUGGAGACAAAGGCUCUCUUGGGUUUCCUGGGCCCCCUGGACCUGAGGGAUUCCCAGGAGACAUUGGCCCCCCUGGGGACAACGGCCCUGAAGGCACAAAGGGUGCACCUGGAGCUCGAGGCCUGCCAGGACCCCGUGGGCAGCUGGGGCCCGAGGGAGAUGAGGGUCCCAUGGGGCCUCCAGGGGUCCCUGGCUUGGAGGGUCAGCCUGGCAGGAAGGGAUUUCCUGGGAGGCCUGGUCCAGAUGGCUUGAAGGGGGAGUCAGGUGAUCCUGGACGGCCGGGGCCCGUGGGCGAGCAGGGGCUCCUGGGAUUUGUUGGUCUGGUCGGGGAGCCAGGAAUCGUGGGAGAAAAGGGUGACCGUGGCAUAAUGGGGCCCCCAGGUGCACCUGGACCCAAGGGGUUGAUGGGUCAUCUUGGGAUGCCAGGUGGUGUCGGGACCCCUGGAGAGCCUGGGCCCCCGGGUCCUCCAGGAUCUCGAGGGCCACCAGGCACCAGGGGGACUAAAGGCCGCCGGGGCCCCCGAGGACCAGAUGGACCGGCUGGAGAGCAGGGGUCCAAGGGCCUAAAGGGCCCUGCAGGACCUCGGGGCAGACCGGGCCAGCCCGGACAACAGGGCUCUGCCGGGGAGCAAGGCCACUUGGGUCCACGAGGCUUCCUCGGCAUCCCAGGUCCCUCAGGCCCUCCAGGUGCCAAGGGCCUCCCAGGAGAACCGGGACCCCAGGGACCCCAGGGACCAGUUGGCCCACCGGGAGAAAUGGGACCCAAGGGACCGCCAGGUGCUGUUGGGGAACCAGGCCUUCCUGGGGAAGCCGGGAUGAAGGGUGAUCUUGGACCUCUGGGCACACCUGGGGAGCAGGGCCUCAUUGGGCAGCGGGGAGAGCCAGGCCUGGAGGGCGACCUUGGCCCCACGGGGCCGGACGGUCUAAAGGGGGACAGGGGUGACCCAGGGCCUGAUGGUGAACAUGGUGAGAAAGGCCAGGAGGGGCUGAAGGGUGAAGAUGGGCCCCCGGGGCCCCCAGGCAUCACUGGCAUACGGGGUCCAGAAGGAAAACCAGGGAAGCAGGGUGAGAAGGGCUGGACAGGAGCCAAGGGUGCCAAGGGCUACCAAGGACAGCUGGGUGAGAUGGGCGUCCCUGGAGAUCCUGGACCUCCGGGCACCCCAGGCCCUAAAGGGUCCCGAGGCAGCUUAGGACCAACGGGUGCUCCAGGAAGGAUGGGGGCCCAGGGAGAACCCGGACUGGCUGGCUAUGAUGGGCACAAAGGUGUUGCAGGGCCCAUUGGGCCUCCUGGACCCAAGGGUGAGAAGGGGGAACAGGGCGAGGAUGGCAAGGCUGAGGGUCCCCCUGGGCCACCUGGAGAUCGGGGCCCUGUAGGUGAUCGAGGAGACCGUGGAGAGACCGGGGACCCUGGAUAUCCUGGACAGGAGGGUGUUCAAGGUCUCCGUGGAAAGCCAGGCCAACAGGGCCAACCCGGGCAUCCGGGACCCCGGGGACGGCCGGGACCCAAAGGAUCAAAAGGUGAAGAGGGCCCAAAGGGAAAGUCAGGCAAGGCCGGGGCACCAGGCCGGAGGGGGAUACAGGGACUGCAGGGGAUGCCCGGGCCACGGGGCGUGGUGGGGAGACAGGGCCCCGAGGGCAUCUCUGGACCAGAUGGGCUCCCUGGCAGGGAUGGCCGAACAGGACAGCAGGGAGAGCAGGGAGCUGAUGGGAACCCUGGCCCUAUAGGCCCUGCUGGGAGGAGAGGAAACCCUGGUGUGGCUGGCUUGCCUGGAGCACAGGGUCCCCCAGGAUUCAAGGGUGAAAGUGGGUUACCUGGGCAACUAGGCCCCCCUGGCAAGCGAGGGACAGAAGGCGGAACAGGGCUUCCUGGGAAUCAGGGGGAGCCAGGAUCCAAAGGCCAGCCGGGCGACUCUGGCGAGAUGGGCUUCCCAGGAGUGGCUGGCCUCUUCGGCCCCAAGGGCCCCCCUGGAGACAUUGGCUUCAAAGGCAUCCAAGGCCCUCGGGGGCCUCCUGGCUUGAUGGGAAAGGAAGGCAUUGUUGGGCCCCUCGGAAUCCUGGGACCUUCAGGACUCCCGGGUCCGAAGGGUGACAAAGGCAGCCAAGGGGACUGGGGACUGCAAGGUCCAAGGGGUCCUCCUGGCCCAAGAGGGCAGCCUGGCCCGCCGGGCCCUCCAGGGCGUGUCGUCCCAUUUCAACAAGAUGACCUUGGUGCCGCUUUCCAGACGUGGAUGGACACUAACGGAGCACUCAGACCAGAGCAAGGGUACAGCUAUCCGGAUCAGCUGGUGCUGGACCAGGGAGGGGAGAUCUUCAAAACCUUACACUACCUCAGCAACCUCAUUCAGAGCAUUAAGACGCCCCUGGGCACCAAAGAGAACCCGGCCCGGGUCUGCCGGGACCUCAUGGACUGUGAGCAGAAGAUGGUGGAUGGUACCUACUGGGUGGACCCGAACCUCGGCUGCUCCUCGGACACCAUCGAAGUCUCUUGCAACUUCACACACGGUGGACAGACAUGCCUGAAGCCCAUCACCGCCUCCAAGGUGGAGUUCGCCGUCAGCAGAGUCCAGAUGAAUUUUCUGCAUCUGCUCAGCUCCGAGGUGACACAGCACAUCACCAUCCACUGCCUUAACAUGACCGUGUGGCAGGAGGCCUCAGGGCACACCCCCGCCAGGCAGGCUGUACGCUUCCGGGCCUGGAACGGGCAGAUCUUCGAAGCCGGGGGUCAGUUCAGACCAGAGGUGUCUGUGGAUGGCUGCAAGGUCCACGAUGGCCGUUGGCACCAGACACUCUUUACCUUCCGAACCCAGGACCCCCAGCAGCUGCCCAUUGUCAGUGUGGACAACCUCCCUCCUGCCUCAUCAGGGAAGCAGUAUCGCCUUGAAGUUGGACCUGCAUGCUUCCUUUGACCUCUGACCUCUGGGCUCCUCUAGGCCUCAUGGGAGAGGAAAGAGGAAGAGAAGGCAAGAGGAGAGUACCGAGAAGCCGGUGGCCCCAGGAGAGGCAGCCCCUCUGCCCAAGGACUCUUGGGCAGGCCCCAGCUGUCAUCUGCUCAGUAGGAAUGGGUGGGGAGUAGUAGGGCACAGGCUGUCCUUGGGAACAACCGAUCCCAGCUUAGCCCCAGAGACCAACCAAAGAGCCAAACAGAGCAAGCUGGGCCUGCAACCCACCUGAGCCCUGUGGCCUGUCUCCCAGAUCUGCGCCACCCUUUCCCUCCCUGGCUUCCUGCCCAAAGAGCCCCACAUUGAAGCCGACUUGAGGGAAGGGGGCAUCUUGUCAGCUGGUCCCU